AUGAAACUAUCCCAGGCUUUCUUGUUUUUUUUGAUAACGGUAUUCGGUAUUGUCACACAGGCUUCUCCAGAUUCCAGGGUGAAUGGGGUACCUUUCUUUUGGAGGUGGCUAGUCGAAUCUUUGACUAGGUCUUUCCAGGGGAAAUCCUCUUUUUGGGGAGGAUUCACUGACUCAAUUGAUGCCUUAGCCGGAAUCAACUCCUCUGCGCGUGUUGCAGCUCCUACAAUCCCUACAGCCCUAGAAAUUGGGGAUCUAGGGUUUUCAGUUGCCACUUUGUUUGCCUCGAGGAUCGGGGCUGUGCUGGUGACAGGGGAUUCGUUGUUGGCUGACCUCACUGGAGAUGCAGGCAACACUUUUGACGGAGAGGUCUCCCCAGCUGAGUAUUGGAUUUCAGGCGGGGUAGACAACGACGGGGAAGAGACGGAAGUGGCGGACCCAGUGGGGGCUCCAUCGUCCAAUAAUGGGGUGAGAAGAGGUGCAUGGACUGCUGAAGAAGAUAGUCUCUUGAGGCAAUGCAUUGAUAAGUAUGGAGAAGGCAAAUGGCACCAAGUUCCUUUUAGAACUGGGCUAAAUCGAUGUAGGAAGAGUUGCAGGCUAAGAUGGUUGAACUACUUGAGGCCUGAUAUUAAAAGGGGAAGACUUAACUCUGAUGAAAUUGAUCUAAUUAUUCGCCUUCAUAACCUUCUUGGAAACAGGUGGUCCUUGAUUGCUGGUCGAAUACCUGGUCGAACUGCUAAUGACAUAAAGAAUUACUGGAACACCCAUUUGAGUAAGAAGCAAGACAUGUCGGGUAAGAACCAGAUGGGGGAGAGAAACCCUAGUAGCUCAGAGGCAACACCACCACCACAAAUCAAUGCCAUAAGGCCUCAACCUCGAUCUUGCUCCAACAACAACGGAUGCAGCCACGUCAACGGCUUGCCAGAAGUUGACCUUGGCGGAAUCACCGACACAGAUAAUAUUGUCACAUGUAACAGAGAUGAGGAAAAAGAUGGGCGUGUGAAUAAUGUAAUGGAUGGAGAGAGUAUGUGGUGGGAGAGUCUGCUUGAGGAAAAUGCAGAUGCAGAUCAUGCGGGGGAUCUGGCAGCCAUGAAAACUGACGAGGCAGGUCCUUCUUUGAUGAGCUCAUCGUCGUCCAUGUUUGACUUUGAGCAGCUUUUUAGAGACUGGGGAGCUUAA